AUGGACAGGCAACCGAUGGUAUGCGGCCCUCUGCACUACGCCGCGUGGCAGGGCCAGGCCGAGCCCGUGGCGCUCCUGCUCGAGUACAACUCGUCCGUCAACGACGCCUCGAGUACGGGAGACACGCCGCUACACCUGGCGGCGCAGCACGGACACGUGCUCGUGAUCGAGAAGCUGCUGGGUUACCACGCCAACCCGCUGAUACGAAACUGCGAGCACAAGACGCCGCUGGAUCUCGCUUGCGAGUUCGGUAGGCAAAAAAGGUACGUGCUUCUUCUGCGCAACGCCAGGUGUCGCCAGCUUCUGUACGAGAGCAGGCAGGACACGCUGGACAACGAGCGCACAACGUGCCUCCACCUGGCGGCGAGGAACGGACACACCAGUGUGCUUAGGUGCCUCCUGGCGGCCGGUACCGACAUAAACAGGUCUACGCUGCGCGGCACGGCCCUUCACGAGGCGGCCAUGCACGGCAAGCUGGAGGCCGUACGACUGCUGCUGCAGAGCGGCAUCGACGUGAACAAGCCCAACUCGUCCGAGCAGACAGCGCUGGACCUUGUGCGCACCUUCUCCAGCUCCAAGGCCGCCAGGGACCUCAAGGUGCUGCUCAGGGAGAUGCUCCAAGCCCUGCCGGCCCGGGCCAUUCGGGACCACUACGACCCCAGUGACAGCGAGUGCCUUAUCCUGCGCGAAGGCGACAUGGUCACAGUUCUGGAGCAGUGCGAGAGCGGCCGCUGGAAGGGCAUCGUGUUCGGCCCGGGCCACAGUUCGCGCGCCGGAUACUUCCCGGCCACCGCAGUGCAGCUGCUGCACAGGCAGGUGGGCGGCCUGCAGCGCAAUGGGACCCUGCGGUCGAGCACCAUCAAGAAGGUGGCACCGCCGGUGGUGCCGGACACCAGCGGUGGCGGCUGUAAUAGCACCACCACCACUGCGGCCACCGGCAGGCGCCACUCUUCGUCCUCCGCCUGCACCACCCCCGUGCACCAGCUGCACUCGCCACCGCUGUACGGUUCAUCCGACCAGCCGCCACCUUCGCCCACCGCCUACGACGGCGCCGACCAGAAGACGUUUUCCCCGGCCGAAGUGUUUUCGGAAGCUCAGAUGGCACCACUGUCGAGACCACAGAGCCACCCGGGAACUCCCGUCGGCAUGCCCACGACGCCGCUGCCUCCCGGACUGCCACCUGCCGGUGGCGGCAACCGGGGCGUGUGUUACCUCGGCACCGCCGGUUCGCUGGACGACACCGGCGUGACAGGUGGUGGUGGUAACCCCGGGCGGGACAGUCCGAGCGGAGGAAGCGUCGAGUCUCGACACAGCAGCUCCAGCCUGGACUCCGGUCGUGGGUCUUCGUCCAGCUCGUCCGCCGACUCCAAGGUGGCGCACCGGCUGUCGACGGGUAGCCACGGCUCGUCUAGCAGCCUGACGCUGACGAGCAGCGUGGGUAGCCACAUGAGUAGCCUCACGCCGGAGGUGGUCGUCCUCUCGCCCCUCAACGUGGCCGGACUGCUCGUCAACGGAGUCUCGGACACUGAGGUGCUCACGACAUGGCUGAAGAACCUUCACUUUGAAGAGUACACACACCUGUUCCUGCAGGCGGGCUAUGACAUGCCUACCAUAUCACGAAUGACCCCAGAGGACCUGACAGCCAUCGGCAUCACAAAGCCAGCGCAUCGGAGGAAGCUCAAGUCAGAGAUCAGCAACCUGAACAUUUCAGAUGGGAUUCCAGACUACAAACCGGACAAUCUUCUCACGUGGCUGAAACUCCUGAGGCUUGAGCAGUACUACGGUUCGCUGUGUCAGCAGGGCUAUGCCACCGUCGACAGGGUGGCUGAUCUCACCUGGGAAGACCUCGAAGACAUAGGCAUUCAAAAGCUAGGUCACCAGAAGAAGUUGAUGCUGGCCAUCAAGAAGGUGCGCGACCUCAACAGCGGUUCGCGGCAGGCGAUGCACUACGGGGACGCACGGCACUCGAGCGUCGACAUGGGCCAGCUGCUGGCAGCCAGGCCCGGCUCACACGUUCCGGUACCGAUGGGCCACCCGUACCAGGCCGUGCCAAGCGUGAACCAGCCGCCGUGCGAGAUUGCGCCCCCGCACGCCAACGCGGUGCCGCCGUUGCGGUCGGACACGGACCCGAGCACUCCUCAGUUGAGGACGUUCAGGCAGCAGUCUCCUCCGCGGAUGGGCGGCAACUUCUACCGCGCGGGCAGCGGGGACAGCCUCAUUCUGCAGCAGCAGCACUUCAGCGGGCCCGCCUUCCACCAGCCGCCCAUGCAGGGAUCUGACCUGUACCAGCACGACUUCGUGUCGAUGCAGGUUCGUUCACCCAACCGGGGCCGUUCCCUCGAAAGUUUGGAGGAUGGUGGCCCCGCGUACCAGAGCCACUCGUCGGCACCAUAUCAGCCCCAGUACCAGGGGUACCACCACAACCCGCCGCCUUACCAUGCCCCCCAGUCAGACUGGUACCACAUGGUCAGCAGUUGGCGGCAGCACGGCUACGACACCGACUCCGAAGUGGUCCGACAGGUGUCUCACGGCUACGACUACGGCUACGAACCGGACGGAACGGCCACUCUGCACCGGCCACGAGGACUCGUGAAACCCCGGCCGGUGGCCAAGGUGGCAGCGAGGGCGCUGCUGGACAGCCCCGACCUCGACUAUGACCCCAAGGACCUUGACCCCAAGCUGUCCUCCGAUUGGCCAGACACGGGAGGCGGGGCAAAGCGGAGCCCCGCCCCGACCCCGCCCAAGCGAACCAACUCCAUCCGGAGGCAGCAGGAGGCCAACAUAGCUGAGACGGCAUUUGCCACCUGCGUACAGAGCCUCACGUCCAGGUUCACCAUGGCGACAACGCGUGACGAACCACCGCUCCCUCCACCGCCCCCGCCCGCAACGUCAGCGAACAGCGUGGUAGACGAAGCUCCGCAGGCGCCACUGCCGCCCCCACCAGCCAUGUCGACCCCCAACUCGGCCUCCUCGUCGGAUGGCGAGCUCUCGCCCAGUGGCACCCUGCUCCGCCGGAAGGACUCCAACGGCUCCAGUGUCUCGUCGGAGUCCCUCCCGUUCGCCUGCGAGAACGUGGGCACCAUCAAGCAGAGGCCCGGGGAAAGCGUGCCCCCACCCUUGCCACAGCACGGCACGGCACUGGCCGCUGGAGGAUCUCCCGGCGCGGACGACGACGGACUGGACAAGCCGCCUUGCCGGACCAGUCCACCGACGACGACGGCAGCGGACGUCCGUAGUCCCCCUGAAGAAGUUCCUGUUAGAGACGUACCCAGGAGCUCACCCCCAUCAUCACGCGACAAAGCUACAGCACAGAAACCCACCGUUCCCCCUCGCCCCGUAGACAAACUGUCCCUGACGGCGGGCGGUCGCCUGAUGGCGCCGGCACCGUCGUCCUCCUCAUCGGGAGACGUGAUUCACGACAUUGAGCACAUGCUGGCCAGCUUGACCGACCAGUUGGAUGCAAUGCUGGAGAGCGAACUCAACCCCUGAGCUCUUUUUCCACCUCUUCCCUUCCUUUAUGCCUUUGUAUUCCUUCAAAUUUUUCUUUCGCACAUUGCUUGCACGUUCCACAUUUUGCGAUUCCCUUCCUGGAGAUGUUGCGUUCUCGAUUGGUCACUUGCGGUUGCGGUAUUUGUAGUUUGAUGCGGUGGUCAGCGCCAUCUAUCAUUGCAAGAUGUGCAUUUGCCGCUCUUUUGUCACUGUUGCUGUCAAUUUCACUUGAGUGAAAGAAAUGCACUCAAAGCUCGUUUUAAAGUGAAGUCGCAUCUGGUACGAAAAUAACUGUUAUAUCCGAAAAUUCGUUGUAAACUUAUAUUCGUAACAUUGUAUCUAUGACAUGAUUACUUUUUAUUUGCUUCAUUAUAACCGAUAAUUCGUUAUGUCCGUGUUCGUUAUAUCGAGAUGUGGGUGUACAGACAAUUGAUGCGCUUAACUGCUGCAAUUGCCCCAUGGCAACGUACUUAUCUCGGGUGCUUCCGAUUCCAAUAAACUUUGCCAUAUCAUUACCUUUUUGUACUUUAUUGAGACAGUGCUGCCAGUGAUCGAUCGAGAAUGAACUGCACUCAGCGGCCUUUGAAUUGCUGCAAUGCCAUUCGUUACAUCGCUUCUAUCUUUUGUUGCUUUACGCCAGCUAUGCUUUUAGUUUCUGUUCUUGAUUUUUAUUUUUUGUCCUGUUUGCUUCUCAUCCUUCUUGUCAUGGAAGCUGUUAAUCCUCCUGUUCUUAUCUAUCAGCAACUUUCGUCACCCUAAUCAAUCACAUGCAUCCCUCCUGUUGUUCACUCCUUCACUUCCGCCGCACACGCCUUCUCACAACCGUCAUCGCAUCACUUUCCGCUCUCCUGGGUUUUGUGAGCAGCCUGCAUCUAACGGGACGUGGCGACGCACAAUCCUCGCAGCCGCCGACGCACAUUUCCGGUCGGCGAGCAGUGGAGGCAAAUAAAGAAGUGACAUCGCCACGACGACAGCCGGACUACGAACGGUCAAGCAAACCAGUUGUGAACGCGAACUGCGCAUUCUCUUCCGAACUCCGCGUAGAUCACUCCCCUCAACCCGUGACACUUCAACCCUUCCUCCUCCCUUCCUCGUUGACUGCCAAAGUGCACGAAAUGUGGCCGCGGCAACUUGACGAACGGACUUUUGUUGUGACGCGUUGUGUCAACUGUGCCGCACCUGCGUAGCGUCGCAUCGCCGCAGCGGAUUUCUUCUCUUUCUCUUCUCCCCGGUGCAACAGCCGAUGACGACGAAAGCACUCCGUAUCAUCUUUUACGGGAAAGUGGCUUUUUGUUGUCCGUAGGACUUUCAAAGCGCCUGUGCCUGACUCUACUGUGGCAUUGUGUGACGUACGCCAUGGAAAUCUUGCAUUGGCUCUGUUAUUUUGCGCGUGUGACCAAAAGUUAGGGAGACUCUUUUGUUUUCAUUGUAGGUGUCUGUGCAAAAACUGGCUGCAUUGUGCGGACCCGCGUUGUUGUUUCCGAAUAAUUCGCACGUGGCUCGUUUUGAGCAAGAAUUUGUUGUUAGUGCUGGCCAGUGGUGCUCGGUUUUGAAUGCUGCAAUCCGUUGCACCCGCCGCAGUUACCUUUUGGUUUCCUGGCGCAAUGAAUUAUAUCGCAAAGCUUGUAAGACAAUUGAAGAAAGCACGCAUGAAAAGAUGUUUGGGCCUCAAAUAUUAAUGGACAGUGACAUACACCCAAGCACGUAAUUUAGCUUCAAAAAAGCGUGUGCGAGUGUGGGAUGACCCACAUAAAGUGAAUCAUUGCUCGAACCGUUUUAUUAGAUUCCAUGUUAGCUUUGGUCAUUGAGUACCGUUGCAUUCAAGAUUAUUGGGAUGCUAACACAAACAUUGCCUCAUUGUUUUUUUUUUUGCGGUGGUGCUAUAUUAAUGCACUUGUUCAUCAGAUGUGUCUGUACAACACACUCGCUGUUUGAGAUUGGCCUUUACAAUAUGUCAUGAUCGUCGCAAAGCCUCCACGUUGAAACAGCUGACGCCAUUGAGGACUGUCGGUGAAAAAUCACCAGCAGACAUGCUGGAAUCGUCUUGAAAUCAUGUUGAAGUAAGUUUAUACAUGUUAUGCACAAAUGUGCUUUUUCUUGAAAAACUUCUAUGGUACAAUAUUAAGGGCGACACUUGAAACAAAUAGAAAAGUUAAAGCUACUCGUGGUGAUCUUAUCAUAGAAGCUUACAAGGAAGACACGGGAGCGUUCACGAUGUAAAGUGAGCGUCGACUAAUCUCUUCUGGCACGUCCAGAGUUGCACGUUAGCUAGAAGGCUUGAGUGAGUGGUCAAGCGAAUCGUCUGUACGCAAUAUAAACCUCGCCUACAUCUUUUCCGGCCUCUUAUCUAUCUCUCUCUCUGUGAAGGUGGAAAGUAGACACAAUCGCUGACAACGCUGCCGCCUCGUGGUGUGAAUGUUUCUCUCUGUUAGUGACAUCACGGCGGCGCAAUGUCCUGGCAGUUUCGUAGUGGACGUCUUACGGUUUCGUGUGUACAUACGCCUGGGAAAGGCGCAGCCCAUAACAACUGCAGUCCCGCCCCCCGAAUCAAAGUUUUCGAAGGGCCCAACGUGGCCGCUCGAGAGAAAGUACAAGUUCCUUUUCUGUUCUCUUGGUGGCCUCCCGUCCCUCGAGCACGAACGUUUGCAGCCACGGGGACGAUGGCGUGAUGACGACAAAUGUCAUAUUGAACGCGCUGCAGGAUAUUGGUGUGGUUCGUGUGGUAGCAGCUGCGUUGGUGCAGAUUACCCGUGGACUCUUAAUUGGCUCACAUCAUCAAAAGGUUACCUUGUACAGGAAAGAACAUAUGGCCAAUUAUUUUCCAUUUCGCGUCCGUAAUGUCUUGGUGUCACAUACUAAUGAAUUGGGUAGAUCUCGGGCAUAAGAAGCUUACACUUUGUGCACAUUAUGCAUCCUUGAGGGUGAACAUUUCAGGCACUUUUUUGAACAUUGAAGCAUUAAAAAUUGAAUUCUUUUAGCUCUCAUAUAAAUGUAAAAUCAAAUUCUGUUACCCAUUCGUUGUGGUUCUGGGAAAGCGACCUCUUACUAGACAGAUUAUACAUUUGAUUUUUUUCAAUUUAUAUAAACACAAGCAGUACGCAAUUUUUCAGUCUAGUGUUGUUUAAUUUUAGUGAGCAAAAAAGAGAGCUCUUUAGUUUGUGGGCAAGCAUAGCAGUUUGGGCAAGUUGGUACAUCUUUACUUCGUAUACGUACUACAUAGUGCUGAAAAAACGAGCACGAAUGAAGAGGUGAAUUAAAAAAUAUCACACACAUUCUAAAACUGAAGCUGUUUACUAGCCGUUCAGUAUCGGUAGGUAAUGCUGUUUGCCUCUGCAACGUAGGGGCAUGAGAAACAUUUUCGUACGACGAGUUGUAGAAUCUGAGUCAACAUCAUUGAUAAUCUGCGCACAAGCUGCCGCCUAUGACGUUUCACAACAAUCCUGCUUCGAUUAUGUUUGGUAUCAUUUCUGUGUUGAGGAAAAUGUGUUUGCUUACCAAGUUGCAGGCUGUUUUACCAUAUUUUUUUGUUAUUGUCCUAUGUUCCACAGCUGGUCAGUGGAAAAUGAUGAAGAAAAAAAAUGCGAGAUCCAGAAGGGUUCGACUCUUGCAGUUGUGCGAGAGGUCUAUAUACAGUACUUGAGCCAUCAAAUGUUGGCGCUCGCUUGCAUUUUGAGUUCUGUUUUUGCUUGUGCCGCAACUUUUUUUUUUUUUUUUGUAAUGUGGUAUUCACUUAUUUUCAGAAUGAGUGCGGUGUUACGCCUGCAUCAGUCUUUCGUCGCUUCGAUGAUGUGUGUUCCGGAUGCGGCUUUUUUUUUUUUCAGUUCAUCCAGCUUUUGUCAUACGAACAAAAACUUUCGCACAAUUUGUGCAUAUAGUUAUAGUCUGUUGAAUUUUUCUUCACGCGGAGCUGCAUUUGCCUCCAAACUUCUGAGGCGAGCCACGUAGCAGUGCAGAAUGAAUGAGACGUUGCAUUGUAGCGCUUGCUUUUUUUUUUCAGUGUUUGUUUGCUCGUUGGACAUACGUGCUCGAUUUAUCUUGUUCUGUAUGUACUAUCUUACCUUGUAAGCCGGUUGUGUACAUGUCAUGUUCACCUGCGAAACAUGCUGCGAACAUUAUAACAUGAUUGAUGCAUGUUCUUUAAGUAGGUGCUGUUCUAUAACUACGAUGUCUUCUUUUUCUCUCGUUUUUUUUUUUUUUUUUCAUUAUCAGGUUACGCAUUCUGUGGGUGAUAGUUCCUUUUGAGACUGGAAUUGUGUUGGGCACAUUGUUGCCUGCAUCAACUGAAACCUGCCUGCAUAAGCAAAGUGCUUCGUUUCUGAAAGCACCGCUAGUUAAAUGUUCAAGUUUCUUGGUACACCCUUGCUUUGGUUGGGAUACAAAUGCCAUUUGGUUUCGCGGCUGCCGUUGAAAUUGAUCAAGAUUCAGCCAGUAGGCGGUAGAACCAAAUCCGCCAGUACUUUGAUUGGUUAAAGUGUUCCGAUGACCUGUUUUUCAGUCUGUCCAAACUUUUCAUCAAAGUUGGUAGCCAGGUUUCCUUUGUUGUUGUUAAUAGACGACCAAUCAAGCAUCCUAUUGCCGAAGACACCACUUUCCUAGCGAUAGCGCAGGAGUUGAAACUCUGAAAAUGCACUUCGUAGACCUUAAAAAAAAAAACUUGCACCACAUCAACAACCCUUCCAUUCGUUUCGUUGAUGGCAGUGGCUUUUAUGAAAUUAUACUAGCUCCUGUUUUCCACGGCAGUGCCGCUUUUCCGAGGUUCAGCAAGGCAAUACUACGUAGCACAUAGAUUCCAUUUGUCCGCAGCAGCUGACAAUCUAGCAUUCAUCACACUUGAAGGCUAAAAUACCCCUGAAAGAAUUUUAAAAAACAAGAUGCUGGUUUUAGAGCACACUUUUUAUAAACUCCAUUCUGCAUGAAUGCCACUGAAAAGUAACGUCUAUCAAAUACCAGCCGAUUCCUCUGAGUUUUCGUUCAAAAUGUGUACUACACGGGAAGCGGCGUUUGUGAAUUCCCGACAGGUGUGACACACGGGAAUGCCUAUUUCAAGUUAACAUAUCUGAUUGCAGAUAGUGAUAGGUUUUAGUGACUGUUUCGAUGUGGUAAAGCAGAUGCACGACGAAGAUUAGACGUUGAUGUUUUAGGGAGAGUGUAUGGCACACAUCAUACUUGAACUACUGCGGUGUACCGUGCGACAUUUCACACUUUAUUCCGUUAGCCUCGAAAGCCGAAGGCAAGUUAAACAUAUCGCCUUCUUCAAAGUCUGUGGGACGUCCUUGACGGUUUUGUUUUUUUGAAUACGUAGACUCGUUCGUGUCUAGCCUGGUUAGCGACCAGCCACCGUCACAAGCAUAUGUGUGUCUCAUUUUAAGACCAGCAUCAUUAGUCUCAUGAGAGAUAGUCAUAGCCAGCAGAGUCUUUUAAAAUCAUAGUGCCAAAAAAAAGUAACCACCUCCACUAAUUGCUGAAAAAAAAAGGUCAUUUGGGAAUCGCGACACAUUUGUUCGCAUGAGAACCAUUUCGCGGAACGCUCUUCUUCGCAAUGUCAUUCGUUGAGCCGAUGAUCUGUUCUCGUUUAAAACGCCGCUCACCCUUGCGGUGCGAACGUUAUAGUUAAAAAAAGUGAAGCGGGUUCGGUGUUGUUUGCGGUCGUAGGCCAAAAAGUGUGAAGAGUCGAUGAGGAGAAAGAUUUUGUUUUCUCUACUCUGCAGCGGUUAGAUAAUCGAUGUGUCAUAGACGAUUAACUAUUUUUAGAGUUCAGAGCCAGAGAUGGUUGAUGCUGGCCUGAGCUAAGAGAGCAUAGUGUCUUUGUCUCAAUGCCUUGAGUGUUCCGUCUUUUCUUUUCCUUCACCUCUGUCCAUUACUGGCGAUUUUUUCUCCCCCUUUUGAAAAUAAAAAGCAGAGUUCCAAGGACAGAAAAGAACGAAGCGUCCUGUGUUAUGUGCUUAAUCCUGUGGUGGUCAGAGGAGGUGCAUUUAAACACAAACAGUUUUGUUAAGAUUUAAUGUGUAUUCAGAGCGCUAAUAAAGCAGGACAAUAAGCAA